AUGUCGUCGUACACGGACGACGCCUUCGACUGCGAGUCGCCGCACGCCAUUUUAUCCAGUUGCCGGGGGUUCGGACGGGAUCAGCGCUACGAUCCGCAGCUAGUGAACACCAUGGGCAGCUCACGACCUGAAAGCGGGAGCGAAGGGGAUGGAACCAAUGAAGCGACGUACAAGAAAAUGGCCCAGCCGCGACCAGAGAUCAUCCUGCGCUGGAAGCGGUUCGCCCUGCUCGUGGUGCUUGUAGCUGCCGUCAUGUCCUCGAUCGCUGCGUGGCUGCGCGAGGGAUUUGUGGUGGACAAGAACGUUCCUGUGAGCGAGGCUGAGAACAAGACCGACGUGGUCAACUCGUACCUUGGUCUUAUGAUGGGUUUUGUCGAGUCCUUUAUUGGCCUUGGCGUGGAAGAGAUUUUCCCCGUGUUUGUGGUGUACCUGCACAACUUGAAGUGGUAUCCAGGAGACGACCCUGCGACUAAGAAACAAAGCAAGCUCAAGAAGUUUGCGCUCACAAUUUUUAUCCCUACAGUCAUGAUGGCAGUGAGCAGCUCGCUCUCGGCAGUGCAAGCUAAUCAGAAAGAUGACAACGGAGGAGGUGGUUACACCACGACAACUAAAUUGUCCACGACGAGGUUCUUAGUGCGAAACGUGACUGAGUUGGAGGGCGAUGGACUGGGAAACACUAUCUUGAAGACGGAGCUGGCACGAAAAGUGGAGCCUAUGCAGCCUCCGGAUGCAUCUAUGUGCAGCAAUGAUAGUACCAGCUUGUUUUCAGCAGAAAUGCUGCUUGCAGCUGCCCCCAAGGCUAUUUUCGGGUUCCGUGUGCCGGAUUGGGGCGCAGAUUUUGCAGACGGUUGGUCUAAUCGAGAAAUUAUGAAGAAUCGGAAGCUUUCGCAUUUAGAUGCGGACGGACACUUGCUACAGAACGAUGUCGUGUCGCUUACCACAGCCUACGAACUAUGGGUGCAGGGUAGAGCCAUUCUACUAAAGAGUAUACGGGAUGAUAGCGCGUUCCGAGGGAGCACUCCGCCAUCGAGUACGGACGAGCUUUUAGCUGGCAUUCUGAGCUUUCUUCUCGAUACGGAACUACCGCUGGUGGAAGGUGCUGCUGUAGACGUUUCGUUCGAGUCAUUGGAAGUAAGUUCUUCGAUCAACUUGGAUGCCAUGGUUCUGAAAGUACCGAUACGCGGUCCAAGUAAUGCGUCCGUUGUUUGCGGCGAAAGCAGUUGUGCUUGGAUGCGUCCACAGAUGAACAAUAAAGAACGAUUGCCGCGCAAGCAGAUCGGAAUCACACAACUAAAGGAAAACUGUUCGCUGUCGGAUGAAUGUGACAGCGUCCGGAACGCUGCAUUCUUGUAUGGGUUCACCACUGUAACUAACGUUGAGCGCGACACGGCCGCUCCAACUAGUUUAUUGAUUAUGUCUUUCGCGCGGCUGUCGUGGCGUUUCGAAACUGACGUGUAUGAGUGCGAGUCAGGAGCGGAUCAAGAUGAAGGCUGUCAAGUGCUACGUUACCAGCUGGGUGGCAACGACCGUCACUUGGUUCAACCGAAGCAGAAGUUUCCAGUUCAACUUCAGACUGGUCUGGCGGUACUAACCUCACUCGUACAACUGGUGGAUCCUAAAACUAGACAACCAGGUGCCGAGGUGUCCUCGUCUGUAACGCUGGAGUAUCUCGAAUCAUGGCCUUUGGCUCGCACUCAUACUUGUGACAGAUCCGUCGAGGCGUAUCUCCAGUAUGUGAAGAGCAACCACUUGUACAUGGGUGACGACAUGUUGGAGACGAUGGUGGCAACGGCGCUGCUAUUUGUUUUUCAGGACGCCCGAAUCGUAGAUGGUGCACCAAGCGUGGGCUUUACGACGGCCAAACGACGUCUUGUUGAUGCAACGACUGCACGACGUGUAAAGAUCUUUUUGACGAAUACUCGAGUGGGCAACGUCUGCACGUGGACGGGGUGCGGAGUAUUGUUGCUGCUGACAGCUUUGGUUCUUGCGUUGCCAAAUGAGCGCGCUCGACUUGCGCCACCUCGAGGAGGCAACGCACGUGCUGAGAGGUUUGUGGCCGUGCAGACAGAGCAGAUAUACCCCAACCUUAUCUAUAAGAAGCGUUUCCUGAUCGGCAAAACCGGUGAAGAGAUAAAAUUUAAUGAGUUUGCGGUCGAAUCCGUCGGGCUGCACCACAAGAUGGAGGAGGACGAGCAAAUCUACAUAUAA